CUCUCUCUUUUCUCUUUCGAAAACUCCAACGAGAACACGAGAUUCAUACGUAAUCAGAAAAAUCAAUGGAUUCACGUCGAAUCCAUUGAAUUUUCCGGCUUAAACUGGUUGGUUGAUGGUCAUCCGAGACUUUUGGCUUCCAGAUCAGUGUCUUAUGUUGAUUUGACGGUUGGGUGUUAAAGUCAAAUUGACGGCGGAGGUUUCGUUUCGCCGGACAACGACGGCGGAGGUUCCGUUUGGUGGGACAAGGACGGGGGAGGUUUCUUCUGGUGGACCACUGUUGGAUUCACUGCUGAGAUGGUUAUCAAGAAGGUAUGGAAGCUUGUGUUGAAAGACAAGAAGAGGUAAAUUAUGUAGGUGGUCAAGGGUAUAACAAGUUCAGCCCCAAUUACCACAACCAUCCAAACCUCUCUUACCGCAACACUAAUGUAGCGAACCCGCAAGAUCAGACUUAUCUGCCACAAAAGCCUUCCGAUUUUCCUUCCCAACCAAACUAUCAGCCUCAACCUCAAGGGAACUAUCAAACCAAGCCUCAAACCUAUUCCCAACCUCAGCCCCAACUGAAUUUACCACACCCUCAAGGCCAAGUAGAUGAUACUAAUGCUCUACUUCACCAACUACUAGAAGGACAAGGGAGAGGUGCUACUGAGCUUGCCACUCAAAUGAAAGCUAUGCAGAUCAAGGUUGAGAACGUCUAUGGUGAGUUAAAUGCUAAGACUGAGAGGUUGCAAACACAAGUCCAUGUACAAGCUUCCUCUUCUACCACACGACAAAUGGGUUCACUACCGAGAAAACCGGAACCAAACCCAAACGAGUUUUGCAAUGCCAAUUUCAAGGAAGAAGUGAACAUGGUUACUAGUAUGAGCUUCGAAAAAUCAAAAAUGGAUCGCCAUGCUGAUGAGAACGAACGGUCUAUUGAAGAGAUCUCUACUCAAGAGCUUUGCUUUCCUAGCCAAUGGAAACUGAUGAUUAGGAUGUUUAGUGGUAUAAAGACUUGAUUUUAAUGCAUGUUUAUCUUGUGAUUGUCUUUGGAAAUUGUUUAUGAUUGCUUAUUUGCAUAGAAUCUUUAUCAUGGAAGUGAAA